AUGAUAUCCUCUUCUAAACUUUUUGAUAAUUUGAACUUUCUUAUAGUUAGCACUGAUCCAAAGGGUUUGUUGGAAGUAGAUGCUACAUCCAAACUGUUAACCGCUAAUGGGGGCGCGAAUAUCUUCACCUGUGAUGUAUCUCAAAUAUUGAAAUCAUCUACAACUGCAGACCUCCUGAAAUCUAAUCCUAGGCAAUGGUUUAUUAAUGAAUACGGGAGUAAAAACAUUCAUUUUAUAAUCAGUGAUACAAUUGAUUUUCCCUUCUAUGCAGUGACUGAAUUUGAGUUUCUAAUCCCAGUAGUGAAACCAGAAUGGAUCCCCACCUGUUUGGCAAGGAAAAGACACAUGAGAACCUCAUUGUUUUCACCCAAUAAACGCCAUAUUUUAAAAUCCUCCCAAAUAUACAUAUCUAGAGAUUCCAUUAAUGCAUCGGAGUACAUUUUCUAUUCAGAGCUGAUUCAAGCAUUAGGUGGUACUGUGAAUAAUUUACUUUGUAGUCGAACCACACAUUUAAUUACAAACAAUGAAAACGAUCCAAUAAUUACAUCAUUAGAGGAGCAAGUGAAAACAAGUACUAUGAAAUAUAUUUAUCCAACAUGGCUUAUUCAAAGUUUCAAGCAAUUAGAAUUAGCCUCAGAGUCUGAACAUAGUAUUCAUGCUUCGACUAAUUUGGAAGAUCAGUGGGAAAAUAUUUCAGAUUUGGAAUGGCGAAAUGAUCCAAAAGGGAAUGAAGCAUAUCUAAAGGGUUAUAAAUUCGUAAUUGGUAUGGAUCUAACUUUACAUAAGGAUUGCUAUGGAUUCUUAUUAGACUUUAUCAAGCAUAUGGGCGGGUCGAUAAUACAUCAUCUAGAUGGAGACGAUAUAAGUAAACUGGGGGCCAAUUGCUAUCUUGGCAAAUCUAACACUUCCAAAGAAUUUGAGAUUAUAUCUCAAACUAAUGCACAUAAAGGGAAUUUAAUUUGGAUGUUCCACAUGUGGUCCAUGUCUCAGUUUAUCGAGCCCAAAGAGAAUAUUAUUUUUGAACCAUUCCAACCUGUCAUAUUCAAACGCAAUGAAUUACGCCCGGCAUAUACGAAUUAUUUUGGUCGUCAAAGAUCAUAUAUUCAAAGGCUAGUGGAAUUACUAGGUGGUGUAAGUACUACGGAAUUUUCCAAAAGAAAUACACAUUUAAUCUCUAGGAGUAAUGUUGGUAAAAAAUUCAAGACCGCUAUGAAAUGGGGAGAAUCAUCUGUGAUUGUGGUGAAUCAUUUAUGGUUAGAAGAGUGCUAUAAACUGAAUAAAAAAUUGGAUCCUAAAACGAAUGAAUUUAGAGACUUCAACAUCGAUAGAGAAGAUAUAUUACUAACAAUUGGUCAAUUAUCAUAUAAGGAACUAUUGACAUCGGCAAAUCAGACUCAUAACGAUGAAUAUUUUUUCACUGCAAAUUCACAAACGACUACAAAAGAAAUUUAUAAUGAUGAUGAUAUUUCUCAACUAGUACAAGAAGGAUUGUCACAGGAUAAGAGCAGGGAAAAAGAGAAUGACUUGGUAGCAAUAGAAAACGCUCAGGAACAUAUCUCAGAGACCAGGAAUAUAAAUGAGAAUAUUAUUUCUCAAGAGGCGCUAAUGACUCAACCAAAAGAGAACAUUGACAAAGAAAGCCCUGAAAAUGAUUCUGAAAAGGAGAAAAGUGAAAACUCUAAGGAAUCCACAAAAGAUUCUGAUAGAUAUUCAUAUCUUUUUAAAGGUUUAUCACAAGAGGAGGAAACAGCCAACACUUCAAUUAUUUCACCCGUUUUACCUAUCAGUCUACAUUCUAGUGGCGGGAACAGAAGAGCCGCUAGAGCUAAAGCGGAAAAAAGGUUACAUAGCAGUAUUGAAUCAUUGAAUGAGUUCGAGAAGAAUUCCAAGAGGAAAAGGUUGGGAAAUUUCUUACCUGAGGAACUACAACAAUUAGAAACUUUAAAAAAGAUUGAAAAGGACGCCAAGGAAAUUUUGUCGAAGAUUGUGAUUGAUAAGAAAUUCUCGAUAGUUGGCACUUGUACAGGUUGCCAUGAAGAUAUCUCAAAACUGGAUUUAGAAAUAUUACGAUUGCUUGGAGUUAAGAUAUUAGACGAAAUUGAAGUUGGAAAUGGUCACAUGAAUUGUAUAAUUGCACCGAAAAAAAUGAGAACGGCGAAAUUUCUUAUGAGCUUAAGCUUUCAUCCUCUAAAAUAUGCGUUAUUACCUGACUUUAUCACUGAUGUGUUAAAAUUUGUUCAUAGAGGUGAAUCACCAAUGGAGUUAAUGAAUUUAGAUGAUUAUCGUAUUCCUGGCAUUGAUCAGGAACUGUUAGAUCGAACCAAAUCAACGAUGAGACUAUUUGAAAGAUUUGAAAUGUCUGACAUUAAUAUAUCCAGUGAGGUUGUCGGUGGUGUUGAGUUGAUUUCUUCAAUCUUAAAAUGUCAUGGCAUUAAAAAUUAUAAGAUUCUGAAAAAAAAUAAGUUUACAAAAGAGGAUAUUGUAAAGAAUAAUAAAUUGAAGGCGAAGUCGAAAUCAAAAAUACCAUCAUAUAUAAUGCUGGCGACGACAUCGGUCCAAACGAAACGAUUCAGAAAAUUAACAAAAGAAAUAGAUCCCGAAGAUGAGAAUGUUUUAGUUAUUGAUUGGGAGUGGUGUGUUCAAAGCAUAUUCACGUUAGAGGUAAAUUUUGACUCGAAUCAGGUGCUGUAUAAGGGUUUUUAG